AUGACAGAAAAUCCACUAAGGCCAGAUUCCCAAGAGCCUGGGAGCCAUCUACCCGCUGCCAUCCCGUCUACAGACCCGAAGAAACCGAAGCAUGAACUCCCGCAGUCGCAAGUGGGAAAGCUAUGGGAGGCAUUUGGCAACCCAGAGGAGCCAGUCAAUGCGCUAGCGAAUGCUUCAUACAAGCCUCGCGGAAAAGAUCCGAAAGACAUAUCUUAUUCAGAUAUCACGGGGACUAUCAACAUUUCCGAAUUAUCUUCAGUUCAUAGGUCACCAGGUUCGCGGGAUUCGCUCAUGAUUGGAAUUGGUUCUGGGUUUGCGACAGGUGGUUUACGUGCUGUAUUUGGCGGUGCUCGUUCACUUGGUUCUGCGGCCAAUUGGGCCGCCGCCGGUUUCGUGGUUAGCUCGAUCGGAGCUUAUGAAUUCUUUCGCCGCCGCCGAAUCGAAGAGGCACGAAACGUAACUCAAAUGGUUGGAAUGAUGAAGGAAUUAAAAGACAAGAAACAGCGAGAAAAGGAGAAGGCCGAAGAGAUGGCUCGCUUGGCAGAGGAGGACAGGAGGAAGAAGAGUUGGACAAACCCCUCCAACUAUAAGUUCUGGUGA